UCCUGUUUGUUGUUGGAGAAAGGAGAGAAAGGAAAGCGCGAGGAGCCGCCGCCGCCAGUACCAGGUCACCGUGCCGGACCCGCGAGAGCACCGGCUGCACACCUCCCUCUUUUGCGCCGCCGGUCGUCUGCGUCCUCGGACUUGUUCCAACAAACUGUUAAAACAUGGUGGAUUACUAUGAAGUUCUGGGCGUGCAGAGACAUGCUUCCCCUGAGGACAUCAAGAAGGCAUACCGGAAACUGGCACUAAAGUGGCAUCCAGAUAAAAAUCCUGAGGAUAAAGAAGAAGCAGAGCGAAAAUUCAAACAAGUGGCUGAGGCAUAUGAGGUGUUAUCAGAUGCUAAGAAACGGGACAUUUAUGACAAGUAUGGCAAAGAAGGAUUAAAUGGUGGUGGAGGAGGUGGAAGCCACCUUGGCAAUCCAUUUGAGUUUGGCUUCACAUUCCGUAACCCAGAUGAUGUCUUCAGGGAAUUUUUUGGUGGAAGGGACCCAUUUUCAUUCGACUUCUUUGGUGAAGACCCAUUUGAAGACUUUUUUGGAAACCGAAGGGGUCCCCGAGGAAGCAGAAGCCGUGGCACAGGCUCCUUUUUCUCUGCCUUUAGUGGAUUUCCAUCCUUUGGAGGUGGAUUUUCUUCAUUUGAUACAGGAUUUACUUCAUUCGGUUCCCUAGGUCAUGGGGGCCUAACUUCAUUUUCGUCCACAUCAUUUGGCGGCAGUGGAAUGGGUAACUUCAAAUCUGUAUCAACUUCUACUAAAAUAGUUAAUGGUAGAAAAAUCACCACAAAGAGAAUUGUCGAGAAUGGUCAAGAAACAGUAGAGGUUGAAGAAGAUGGACAGUUAAAGUCCUUAACAAUAAAUGGUGUGGCCGACGAGGAUGCCCUCGCUGAGGAGCGCAUGCGGAGAGGCCAGCACUCCUUGCCGGCCCAGCCUUCCAGCUCCCGCCCGCUGAAGCCACCCCGCCCCACCCCUGUGGCUAGGUCCGUGCCCCACUACGUGCUGGAGGACGACGAGGAGCAGGACAGGCCUCGGGUCCCUGGCAUCUGGGAUGUCCCCAUGAGUUCAGCAGGGUUCAAAGAAGGUGGCAAGAGGAAGAAGCAGAAGCAGAGAGAGGAGUCGAAGAAGAAGAAGUCGACCAAAGGGAACCACUAGGCUGGACUUACCUGGCAGACGCACAGCCCCGCUCGCGUGUAGCUGUGUACAUGCUAGGUAGCAGCCGUCUUUCAGUGCUGUCCAGGGCCACCUCAUUUAGCAGGAUUAUGGUCGUGUGGUCAUGGAUCGUAGGAUCAGGGGCCUCGAGACAGGUGACACCAUGGGUGGCAUGGUACACAAUUUGGGAUACAGCUCUACUUGCUGACUCCGCUUUUCCCCAGCACUAAAUCCAUCAACGCUUUCCUCUAGAGAGUAGUCUGUCAAUUACUUUCCAGCUUCUGCACCCCCAUGCUCCUACUGAGGUUUUUGUAGCUGUGAAGCACAAUAAGGUACAGACAGGCAAUGGGCACAUGUUGCAGAGAGGUUCCCCGUGACGUCUUGGUGUUUGAAAUUAGAAGGAAUUCAUUGCAGCAUAACUUAAGAUAUUGUGACUAAACUCAGCACAGUGGCUGUUAGUCUGUUGUUCAGAGCGGUCUGGCCACACAAAGGCCACCAUGAGUCACUUGAGCUGUAAUAAUCAUUCCUUAUAUUUAUUGUCCUAGUUCCAGUUUUCUCUAGGAGUCCAAAGUCAGCUCCAAAUAUUGGUUAGUGUUUACUAAAUCUCCCAGCCCCCCGCCCCCCUUUUAAAGAAA